UUAUUAAUCCUCAUUCCUGCAUAGUUCUGUCUGCAGUGUUUACAUUAAGAGGAGUUGUGUGUGUCACCUGUUAUUUCUUACUGCCAUAUGUUGUAGGUUGUUUUGUGGAAGGUGGCAGUUAUGAGGGACACAGAGGAAGACGAGGAUGUUGUGUUUCAGGGGAGUGCUAUAUAUCAACAUCUACAUGAUACAGGGUUCACUGAUUUUGAGUCUACCCAGCUGAUAACCUCACCCUGCCAAGAAGACUUUACAAAGGAUAACUCAAAUGAAAAUGCAGCACACAGCUCACUGAAAGAGAAAUGGUUAUGUCUUCAUGCAGCUGUUUCAGGGAGAUGCAUGUUUGAGUAUAUUGUGUACAAAGAUAUUGUUGAGUAUAUUACACAUAGCAAGUUAGUGAAUAAUGAUGACUGGCUGGUGCUGGAACACUUUAUGCCUAGUGGGGAGGAGCUUCGUGUCUCUGGCUGCGUUGGAGGUUCAAGGGCCUCUUGGCAUGAGGUUUACUUCUUUAUUGGGUUGCGUUUGAUACUGUUACUGGUAAUACCACUGCUAUGUUUAGCAAGUGGAACCUGGCUCAUCUAUAUUGGCAUCAUCAUAUUAACAUUCUCUGUUUUCCUGAUUGUGGAAGAUGUUUAUAUCUACUUGUGUUACUUCAUCCUCUCCCAUGAUAUAAAAAAGUUUGUAUUGCUGUUGAAGGAAGCAAGUCAGUCUGCUUCAAAAUCUGUACGAGUACUGCAAGAGAUAGACCUCAUCACCAAGGGUUUUGUAUUGGCUCAAGGAUCAAGUCCUGGUACAUUCUGUGAGAACACUGAAUUUCCACAAUGCUCCAAUCUGUGUUAUGCCCUCAACUGUACUGUGUCCUCCUUGGUGCAAGUCCUUCAUCAGAACCACAGAUACCUCGAGCUAUGUAGCCCAGAGUACCCUUGUAUGAGGGAGCUGUUUGAUCAACUGGAAGUACCAGAUAUAAAAGAAACUGGUUAUAACACUGAAAAUAUAACUUUACUUAAGAAAUGGGUAGCUGUUGCAAAGCUUCAGGUUUCAGCUGUUCUAACAGAGCUGCUCCUAUGCCUUCAUAAACCAGCAAUGUUUCAUAAACUCUAUUCCUCUCGUAAUCAGUUAUUCUCAUAUAAGCAAGUUUUCCUGGUCAGUAGAGACACCAAAACCCUAAUCAGUCAUCUUGAGUACACAAGGUCAUUUUGGCUUCAAGAUAGAGAGGAGGAAAGAAAACCUGUUAGUUUUGAGGAAAAGAAGAAGAAUGUAUACAUAGCCUUACAUAGCUUGAGUCUGCAUAUGCAAGCUGCAUUGUUUAGAGUGCAGGGUCUUGAAAAUAUGUUUGAAAGUGACAAUAGUUCGAUGAUUUUUUCUCAAGAGUUGGAACAGGAAAAACUUAAGGUUUUACCCUCAUAUGAAUAUAUGAGAGAACAACUUGAUGCUUUAAAAACAGAGUUAGAUUCUUGUCAAUGGUGUUUAGAGGAAGCAGAAGCAAGAGUGGAUCGAAAAUAUGGGAUGAAUGACAGUGUAAUAAUUCCAAAGAUGGAACACCUGGAUAAUGCUGAUAAAGUAGAAGAUACGGUUUCCUCCCAGGAGGUAAAGAGACCAGCUAUUGUGCUGUACGAUAUGGAAGAGCCAGUAGUAGAAGAUGAAGUAUUUGAGGCUUAUAUUGAUGAGGAAUCCUGUAAUAGACAGGAAGGAGACUAUGAUGAUGAUUUUUGGAAAACAAAUGCUAGGAAGGAACGGCAGAUUCUCAAACAGCAGAAGGCACAGGGGAGGCGAGUACUUAGCGAGUUGCAGCCAGUCCUAGUGAAGAGGAGAAAGAUGUGGGAAAAGCGUGAGAUGGAUGCCUUAAAUAGACAGAAUGUGAAGGAGGCACAGGCUUCUAAUGUAGAUGGUACACAGACUGAGCAAACAAGAAGGAAGUCAGACUUUAAGAAGGAGAAACUGCUGGAUAACUUAACUAAUGACAGUGAUAGUAGUACUCUUAAAACUCUUGAAGAAUUAAAAAUAGAUGAGGAUGUAGAAGAAGUAAAAAUUCAGUGUGAUACAUCAUGUCAUUUUUUAAACAAAAACAAACUAUCUCUUGAUUGUGUCGUACAAGAUAAUGAAGAAGAAACUGAUAGUGAUGAGGAGAGACUGCAGAUAUACAGAAAGAUUAAGCAGGAAUUGGAUGAGGAUGAGAAAACCAGAAUGAGAGAAAGUGAUGAGGAAGAAGAGAGAGCUCCAAUUUCUGUGGCAUUUUUAAAAUCUUCUAAAAAUAGCAAAGAUCCUAAAGAAUUAAUCAAUUUUGACAAUGAAGAAAUUGAGGAUAAUGGAAAGAAGUUCCAAAAGGAGGAAAAACAUACUUUCAGUCUUCCUAUUGUCCAGAAAAGUGAUUUCAACAAAGACAAUCAUUCUGAGCAGGAAUUUGGUUGUGAAGACCAGCCUGGUGAUAAGAAUGAUGCAAAUGAGGACACAGGUACAGAUCCAUUAUCAGAUGUAAAAGCUGGUGCUGUGCAAUGUGAUACUGGUAUUGGUGGUGUGUCAAAGGAGGAGAAAGAUGUCACUUUUGAUACUGAAUUUAAGAGCUGUUUAAUUGGACAGGGAAAAUCUCCACCACCAAAAUUUUGUGAAGUGGAAGUUAUGAAAGAUGAAGAGUUUGUCCAUAAUAAAGAUAUUGAUGAGGACAGUUCUCACCAGAUAGACUGGAGUGUCAUCACUCUUCCUGCUCAACACACAGAAACAAUAGAAGAGCGCAUGGAGCUAUUUUCUGCAGGUCAGAAUAUAGGUUUCCAAGCAGAGGUUGCAGCUGAGGCACAAGCAGUUUCUAGAAGAUUCUGGACAACAUCUAACUUGACAGAGACAUUUGGUGGAGUAGGUGAAGGUGAGGAAGUAUUUGGAGAUGAUGAUGAUUCAACAGAAGAGGAUGAAUAAUUAGUUUUGCUGUAUCAGACAUACUUCUUUUGUAUACUAACACACAAACCAUUAUAGACUUUCUCUGUUGCUCAGCCCUUGGCAAGAUUUAUGAAAAGUUUAUUUUGAACAGCAUGACUAUUUUUUUACAAAAAGGUGCUUACUUGUGGGUCAGGUAGAAAUACUGUAUUUAUUUUGUUCCUUUUUUAAGUUGUUGAAACGAAGUACAGUCAGCCCUCAAUUUACAAGGUA